AAAUACAUUUUUGAGCAUUUACGUUUAUGCCCUUUUACAUUUACAUUUUGUAUUAGGACGUACAUAUAAAUAACUUUGUGCUUGAACUUUUAUAGAAUAAUAAAAAAAUACAACAGAAAAGGAUUUUGUCUUCAGUCCCUAGCUCUCUGUUUCUCGAAGCUUCUCAUCCACGUCUGCACUUCAUCUCCAUGGCAGAGUUCAACUUUUGUCAUGGUAUCAGAGUAUUAUCGCUGCUCUAGAACUUUGUCAUGGCUACCGAUAAUGUUCCUCCUUCUUUAUCUAACACUGCACUUGAAAAUCCUUCAAGCCCCUAUUUCUUACAUCAUGGUGAAAAUCCCGGCAUAAUGCUUGUUACUGAGCGAUUAACAGGUGACAAUUAUCACUCCUGGUCGAGAGCAAUGUCCAAAGCCAUCAGUGCUAAAAACAAAAGUGGAUUCAUCAAUGGAAUCCUCAAGAAUUUGAUUACUGAAGCUGAUCCUCUUUAUUUGCCUUGGAUUCGAUGUAAUGAUAUGGUUGUUUCUUGGAUCCUCAAUUCAGUUGCGAAGAACAUAGGAUCAAGUAUUCUAUACAUUGAUAAUGCUGUAGACAUGUGGAAGGACCUGCAAGAUCGUUUCUCACAAGGACCUGUCAACAUGGAAUACGAUUGGAAUGUGUGAGGAGAAGGCUGGCCUAUAUCAAUUAUUGCAAAGACCCUUGGUUGGGUGUUCUGUUUCAUCUUCCUUAAUAAAUCAGAAUUUUUGUCUGUGGCACUAUAGGCUAGGUCACAUUCCAUUUUCCAAGUUAAAAUUUCUCAAUAAUCGUGUAUCAAAUCUGCAUGUACCAAAAUUUCCUAAUUCUUGUGUUUGUACAAUUUGUCCUUUGGCUAAACAGAAAUGUUUACCAUUUCCUUCUAGUGAAUCAAUUUCAGUAUUUGCA